UGUAAACCCUAGAAAAACAAUUUCCCUCUGAACUUGAAUCAAUGAAUUCAAGAAGUGAAAUCUUUGAGGGAAAAGAGAUAGAAAUCAGAGUUUGGUAGCGAUGGCACUCCCGAUUCUCGAUGCCGGCAGGAAACGCAAGAGGUCACCGAAGCUGUUCGAGUUCCAGAAAUUUGCAGAGCCAUGUAAUCCGAUCAGUCCAACGGGACCUUUCAGAGAUAACAUUCGUGUGUUUCUCAGGGACUGUGCUGUGCUCGAAGAUCUGAAGAUUCAGGGUAACCCCACCUGGUGCACUCUCCUUUUCCAUGAAACCAAGAGUUUUGUUGUCCCUCUCUACACAAUUGAAGAGGAUGUCAAGAACUCGCAGCAGCCGUUUUGUGAUCACUGUAGAUGUUCUGGUUGGAGUAAUAAUUUUGUGUCCAAACGCAAGUAUCACAUGAUAAUACCAACCGAUAGGCAGUGGAACAAGCCACUGGAGGAUGAUUUGUUUGAUCUGAAUACCCAUCUCUUGCAUGGGCUGAUACACUGCAAUGGGUUUGGCCAUUUAAUCUGCAUUAAUGGGAUCGAAGGGGGUUCGAGAUACCUAUGUGGCAGAGAAAUCAUGGAUCUUUGGGACCGUAUCUGUUCAAAUCUUCGAGCCAGGAAAAUCACUGUAGAAGAUUUGUCAAAGAAGAGGUCAAUGGAUCUUCGAUUGCUUUAUGGAGUCUCUUAUGGCCAUUCUUGGUUUGGUCGAUGGGGCUACAAAUUCUUCCGGGGAAGCUUUGGGGUGACGCAGCAUAACUAUGAUAGAGCAAUUGAAAUUCUCAGUUCUUUGGAGCUUGAUCAGAUCGUGGAAGAUUUUGGAAACACAACUCAGUGCAUAGAAAUCAAGAAAAUAGUUCGCCACUACAGAAAUAUGAGUGAAACCCAAUUGACCGCAAUCAAUGAUCUUCUCAGGUUCAUGCUUACUGUCAAAUCUUGUGCUCCUACUCAGAAAUUUGCCACUGUUACUGGUUCCUCUUCAUCCUCCUCAGAGAAACCUCUUAAGAACAUAGUCAUGCAUAACGUGAUCCAAGAGAAGUCAGUGAAGUAUAAGAGAUACAGUACGGUAGUCGCUAAGUUGGAUAGUAGAUGGCCUGCAAGGAGACUACAAUCUGCGGCCGAGGUGAUUGUAGAGGCAUUGAAAGAAAAGAAAGCCGACAAGUACAGUGCGGGAGGGAUGAGUCGACAAGAUGUCAGAGAUGCAGCUCGGAUGCAUAUUGGAGAUACUGGUUUGCUAGACUAUGUACUGAAAUCAAUGAACAACGUCGUUGUGGGAAAUUAUGUUGUUCGUCGUGCUGUGAAUCCAACAACCCGAGUUCUAGAAUACACAAUUCAUGAGCUUAACAAUGGGGCUUGGGUCCCAGGACCUGAACCAGCAAUGGAAAUAUCUUCUGAGUUGCUUCCAAACCCAUCUAUGGUGCCUGGUGCUGACGCUUACAAUGAUAUAGCCUUUUUGUAUACAAAUGUUCUAUUGAAUUACCCAAAAUCAGGAUUGGUUGAAAUAGCACGCCAGGUAAUUUUGGACAGCAAGCGUUUUGUGAAGGAAUGGCCAUUUAGGGAUGAACCGGAACUGAUAUUCACAUUCAGUUGCCAAUUGCUGCCAAGUUUGCUUGAUUCAGAUGCUCAUUUGACCAGGGGGUUACCACCUCCAGAAAUUGUAAUGGUUCCAUUGCAUGCCACAGUAUUUGACCUCAAGCGAGCAGUUGAAACUGCAUUUAGGGACACUUACUGCAGUUUUGAAAAGUUUGUUGUGGGGGAGAUUGAAGAUUUGGAAGAAAUGGUGGAUACAGAAUCGCUGUUUGGAGCAGUAGAAUCUGGUGGAGAACUCUAUGUUAGAGGGAGUACUGGCGUAGAUUCAGAAACUCGACUGAGGUACGAAGGUGGGGAUGAUAAUUGGAAGGUGAGAUGUGAAUGUGGUGCUCGGGAUGAUGAUGGAGAGGCAAUGGUAGCAUGUGAUAUUUGCGAGGUGUGGCAGCACACACGCUGCUGUGGUAUUGAAGAUGCUGAGACAGUGCCACCACUGUUUGUCUGUCCAGGUUGCUGUGAUUCACUCAUACCAACAAGAGCCAAAAGUUGCAAUGAGUUUGACAGCUGCGAUGAUCUAUUGUUGACGACUGAGGCAAAUUAUGGAGAAGAUGUCCAGUUCUUUGAAAACAGUGUUGGGAUGCUACAGGGAUCGGUUAGUGUUGUGUAAAGACAAUUACUUUCCGGUUGAUUACCACUGAACAGAAAGAGUAUACUGCCAGUUGAGUACCAUUGAACAAGUGUAGCAGUUUUGAACUCUGUCUGUAAGUGUAACUCACUAUAGGCUCAGGAAACAACGAGAAGAUGUGUACGAACAAGAUAUCCCGCAACAAAAAGAAGUCUAGCUAGAUUGUUACUGUAAAUGCUUUUGUACAGGAUACACCUUCAAUAUUUUUCACCAUUUCAAACUGAGAUCUAGAAUUUUUUUUGGUAUCUUCAGGCCAAGAUGAGAUGUCUAUA